GUCGCACACCACGGGCACCGCAACGGCGACGAUAGACAGUGCGUCGGGCAGUUUCAUUCUUGUGGUGAUUUGAGACGCUAGUCGACCAUUGGCAUCUUGCAAACGCCCGCGUCAUGCCGCCGCCUGCCCAGGAUCGCCCGUCGUCAGAGAAUGUCGACUACCUCAACUUUGACUUUGGAUCGACGUUGCCCCCCGGUGCCCUCAACCCGGCCAUUCCAGGCUACGCCCCCUCCCCAUCCCAGUCUCGCGCAGCCUAUGACCGAGCGUCAGUCGCAGGACGCGACUCGCGUCUUCCCCAGCCGACACCGCCGCCUCCGCCUCCUCAGGACCAGCGCUACCAGUCCCACCAGCAAAGCCAGCUCCCUCCUCUGGACAACUAUGGCGGCUAUGCAAGGGACCACCGCCAAGUGACGCCCGAGCAGCAGAGGUUGCCGCCGUUGCAGCCACAACAGCAGCAACAGCAGCCGCAGCAACAGUAUGGCUACCCCUACCGUGAUCAGCCCGACCAGGGCUUCGCCGCCGCGUCGCCCGUAGCCGCAUAUGACAGCCCCGCCGCCUCGACCCAGGUUCGCAAGCAGUUACCCCAGCUGCCACCGCAGCCCGAGCUCGCGUCUGCGCUUCCUCCGUCUCGCCCCGGUCGAGCUCUGCCAACUCCACCCUCUGCGCCUGCCCAGAGCACCGCACCCUCCCAGAGCCCGAGCGCAGCUCGCUUCUCUAGUGCACAGCGUGCCCCAUCUGGCGGCGUGGAGACACAGAGACUUCCCUCGACCCCCACCAAGCAACCUUCGUCCUCAUCACAUCAAUAUCCUACAUCAUCAGCUCAAGGUCCCAACGCCAAUCACCAACCUUACGGUUCCUCGCGGGAGCCACCGCCUGUCCAGUCUCUGCGAGACUUGAGCAUCAACGGCGAUAGGGGCAACGGCGUCAGCGACUCGCCUGUUGCACCAAGGCAGUCAUCUCUCCCACAGGCCCCACCGCCGCAAAAGGCUCCUACUGCCUCUUCGGCCCAAGCCGCGCCUUCCUCGUACGCCGGCCACACCAUCGACAACCACAUCUCUACCGACUGGUCCAGAACCGCAAGUUCACCGCAGCAGAUGUCAGCGUCCGGCAGUGGGCCUUCGGCUGGGGGCAGCCACAUCCCUUACCAGCAGUCGUCCCGUGGAGGCUACGCCGACUCCGACUACCUGGUCCCUCGUUCUUCGGAGGGGACCUACGGUGCAAGAACUGCCACUCCAGACAUCAUUCGCAACACCUCUGCGUAUGUGGACCACGUGCAGCAGCAGCGGGGCUAUGCCGGUGGCGCGGCUGCCAGUGGGUCCGACCGCGUCAACAUGCCCGCCCCUCACCCAGCCCCUUCUCAGCCAGUCAGCUUCCCCACGGCUCAUCCGAGCAACAGCGCGGUUGACCGUCAAUCGCCGAUCAGCCGUGGUCGCCCCUCGAAUGAGCUCUCUCCAUCUUGGGGAGAGCAGUCCCAACAACCAUCUCGAUGGGUUCAGAACAAGCUCGCUCAACACCAAAGCCAGUACUAUGACGAGAAUGACGGCUACGACGAGUACGUCUCGAGCGAAGGAGAGGACGACGUAGACGACGAGGUCAACGGCAUCCGAUUCUUCAACCCUGCGUUCCUCAGUGAGACUGCCUUGCAGCUCACCGACCGUGUGCCCAGAGCCACACACAACAAGGGUGGUGUGCCGUAUCCUCAGACAUUUACCGGAGCCGACAUGGUGCUCACUAUUCAAUCCCUCCUGCCAUCGUUCACUCGCGAGUCGCCAUACGACCGGCGCUUUGCCCUUGUCGUCGCACGUUCCAUUGCCGCCCAGCGCAUGUGGGUUGUGCCUGUGGACUGGGACUUGGACAAGCUGCUUCGCGACACGGCCGAUGACGUCUUUACCUUUGUUGGUGAUGUCGAGGGCUUCCAAGGCGAGGUUCCCACCGGUGUCCAGACCAUGGCCACAAAGUGUUACUCGGCGAGCUGUACUGGAAAUGGGGAGUGUUACGCUCCGCGGUGUCCUUACAAGACAUCCGCCAACACUUUCCUCCAAGUUGCCAACGCAGUCGAGGACGAGGCAAGCUCCAGCCAAGCUGCUACCUCACUCGUCAAGAAUGCUGAAGACUGGACGCACGAGCUCGACCCUGCUCUGCUCUCAGAGCUGACAGAGGACCAGCGAAAGCGCCAGGUUCUCAUUCGACAGGCGAUCAUGGCAGAGGAGAGGUUUGAGGCCGACCUGGCGACCAUUGAAACCGUCUUCCUCACGCCGCUGCAGAUGGCCAACCCGCCCAUCAUUCAGCCUUACCACAAGCUUGACACGUUCCUCAGAGAGCUCUUCAGCAACAUUGUCCAGAUCCGCUUGGCUUCUCGACGUCUCAUUGCCAACUUUGGUGCCAGGCUUCACGAAGAAGCCCCUCUUGUCCACCGCGUUGGCGACAUCUUCCUCGAGGCCGCGACCGACUUCCGGAGACUGUAUCCCGAGUACACGGACAACAUGCCGCGUGCAGACCUCCUCUUGACACAUGCCCUCGCCGAGCAUACGCCGUUCCGUAACUGGGCAGAGGCUGUUUCCAAGACUGGAAGCCCUUCGUAUGACCUGAGGCUGCUCCUCAAGCAGCCCGCCGCCCACCUCCAGCAGUACCCGGCUCUCAUCGAAGGCAUCCUCAAAGUCACGCCCUCAGAUGACGUCGACAUCGACUUCCUCAACGAGGCCCUUACCUCUAUCCAAAACAUCUCAUACAUCUCUCAACUCAAGCUUUGGCACGCUUCCAAGGGCAGGGGCGCCGUCGGCAAGCUUCAGUGGCACCAGAUUGUUCCGAAGCAGAUUCAGGAGCAGAUGCAGCUGGAGCGCAAGAAGGAGGUCAAGCGCCAACACCACAUUUGGGAGCUGAUUGAAGGUGAAAUGAAGUAUGUUGCCGAUCUUGAGGCUAUGGACACUCUCUAUAUCACGCCAUUGCGUGAGGCCGAACAUGGUCCAGUGAUCGAUAGGUCGAGACUGGACGACUUCAUCGACGAAGUGUUCCACAACUACAGGUCCAUUCUUGAGGUGCACCAGCGCCUGCUCGAAGACCUGCAGGAGAGGCAGAUUGAACAGCAUCCCAACUUUGGCAUGGUGUCCGACUUGUUGUUGAAUGCUGCGCUCAAUUGGAACGCGGCAUACCUAGAGUACACGCCUCACUAUCCUUUGGCCAAGGCAAAGGUGGACAGGGAGACUGAGGAGAACCCCCGUUUCAAGGCUUUCUUGGAUGAAGCCUACAAGAAGCCAGAAGCCGACCGACAGGGUAUCAACCAUUUCCUGUACCGACCAGUCGCGCGUCUCCUUCGUUACCAGCUCCUUUUGAAGGACAUCCUACAGGCUCAAAAGGCCGUGGGACCGGAUGAUCACCCUGAUAUCGAGGCCAUUCCUCAGCUUCUCGAGAUUAUCGACAACCUUGCCAAGGCUACAGAGAGGGGUGUCGAAGUCAACGAAGCCAAGGUGGCCUUAUGGAAGCUCAAGGCCACUCUUGACGGUGGCAAGUUUGGCUCCCGAGCUGUUCGGGAUCUCGACUUGAUGAACCCCAUGCGAGAGCUCAUUCACCAGGGCAAGGUGUACAGGCAACCUGAAUCCAAGGCACCAGGCCAGUCGUGGACCCAGCUCAACCUCCUUCUAUUUGACAACUACUUUGUCCUUGUCAAGCCGCAAACCAAGACGAAGAGGGGAGAGAGGGAUGGCGCCGCAGAGCGGUCCAUUGUCAACCGUCGUCCUAUCCCUCUCGAGCUCAUGUCAUUGAACGACUUUUCCGCUGCAGCGCAGAACCGUUCUCUGGGUCUUCUCAAGAACAUUCGUGGCGGCGGUGGAAACGAAGAUGGCACCACCCAGGUGCAGUCCGACUCGCGCUUGGUCUACCCCUUCACCUUCACGUUCAUCGGUCAAGGCCCUGCCGGCCAAGGCGCCGGUCAGUACACGCUGUGGACCGACUCGGACAAGGACCGCCAAACAUGGCAGGAGAAGCUCCAGCAUGCCAAGGUUCUGCGGGCAGAGGUCAACGACGCGAGCAAGGUCUUUGAAAUGACCCCUCUCAGCCUUGAGGCGUUCUAUCAGCCUGCUGGAUACUAUGCGCCUGCGACCAAGGGCAAGACUCAGCCUACAAGUGACGAGUUCACUGGCCGUGUGACAUGCUCGGUGCCGUUCCUUACUGUGGACGGGCGAUCGCUGGUGGCCAUCGGCUGCCAGGAGGGAGUCUGGAUUGGAGUCAGGCAUGAGACAGCCUCUCUGCGCAAGGUUCUUCACGUCAGGGGAGUUCAGCAAAUCGCGGUGCUCGAGGAGUUUGGCCUAUUCCUUGUGCUGGCGGAGAAGAGCUUGCUGGCAUAUCAGCUCGAAGCCCUUGUGCCAACAGCACAAUCCCCACCUGUGCGUGCGACACCACAGCGCCUCAGUGGGGACCGCGACAUUUCAUUCUUCACGGUGGGCCAGAUCAACAACCGCACCCUGGUGCUGUACAUGAAGAAGAAAGGACUCGACUCGGUCUUCCGCAUCCUCGAGCCCAUUCACGCUCGCGGGGCAGAAGACACACGGCAGAGGAGGACGCCAUUCAACCUACUUGUUGGUCAGCGACCUGAUUGGUUCAGAGUAUACAAGGACUUCUUCAUCCCUACCGAGGCCCAGCAUGUCUACUUCCUCAAGGCCAAGCUGGCUGUCGUGUGCCCCAAGGCAUUUGAGAUCAUGGACCUCACCGAUCUCAAGGGUGGCUCCAUCCCAAUCUUUGAGCCGAACCGACAGCGUGAAAAGCCCGCACUUGCUGAGCUGGCUCAGAAGUGUGAACGCGCCAAGCCGCUCGCCAUGUUCCGCUCCACUGAGGCCGAGUUCUUGCUCUGCUAUGACACCUUUGGCAUCUAUGUCGACCGUCAUGGCGAGCCCAACCGUGACCUUACGGCAAUCGAGUGGGAAGGCAAGCCAGAGAGCGUGGUCUUCCACCCGCCAUACGUCCUUCUUGUCUCGCCGUCGUUCAUCGAGGUCCGACAUAUCGAUACCGCCAAGUUGCUGCAGAUCUACACCGGAUCCGACAUUCGCUGCACGUGGGAUGGCACUGGUGGCCAAGCCAACCCUCCACAGGACCACCCUACGUCGAAGGGUUGGGGUGACGAGGUCAAGUCGCAGGAGCCGCGCAUUCACAUCUGCAAGCGUAUCGACCCUCCUCAUGGCCGAGGCCAGAACCGCGUGGAGCAGCGAGUCUUUGAGCUCACCCCGACGCUUCUACUCAACAACCCGCUGCUCAACCCUGUGCCCAACGUGACGGACCCCAACUACUUCCCUCCGGCGCUUGACCACCGGGCGAGCAUGCGCAGCACUGGCAGCCACAACUACAAUGGUUACAGUGAGGGCAACUACUUCCCGCCCGAACCCUCCAUCAGUUCCAUCAGUACGGCCAAUUACAACACCAACGGCGGGGGCCAGUACGGUGGUGGGUACGCAGCACAGUCGCCUGGUGGCUACAACCACGGUGGGGCGUUUGCUGGCGCUGCCGGAUUCUCGACCAUGGAUCAAGGAGCAUACCAAGGAGGAGGAGGCCGGCCUGGUCAGCAGCCGUCUGGUGGCGGAGCAUACGCCAACGACCAGUAUGGCGGCCAAGGACACCCCCAGCGACAGGCGUCGCACGGAUCGAACCGCUAUGGGGGUUAUGUGUAAAUUUUGUAAUGUGCAACCAGUGCUCUUGGUUGUUUGUGUGCGUGCUCCAAAGGUUUGCAUCGGUAUUGCUCAAACAUGUACAAAGUGUGACGAAG